CUCCCUCACUGUCCCACAGAAAGUAAAGGGGUUUAGGGUUUCAGAAUAUCUACCUAGUCGUUUCAAUUGAAGCAAACACAAAGCAGAAUACAAGAUCCAUAGGAAUACAAGUUUCUCUUCCACCAGAAACCUCUACAGGCUUUCCAGUAUGCAGCUGACUGUAGAAUUCGGUGGAGGAUUAGAGCUUCUUUGUGACUCUGUCAAAAUUCAUAAAGUAAAUGUAGAACUGCAAAAGGAAGCAGAAAAGUUUACUAUGAAAGAUUUACUUGCUUGGAUACGUACUAAUUUGAUCAAGGAGAGGCCUGAAAUGUUUAUGAAAGGAGACUCCGUGAGACCUGGUGUUCUAGCCCUUGUGAAUGAUUGUGACUGGGAGCUUACUGGUCAACUGGAUACGACAUUAGAGGAGAAGGAUGUGGUUGUUUUCAUUUCGACCUUGCACGGGGGAUAGUAUCUGAAUCAGUGUGUUGUAUCUCUAGCUCAUGAAGGCAUACCUUACUAGCCAGCCAUCCCUCUUUGAAACUAUCCUUCCGUGAAUCUUUCCCUGAUUGUAGCAAUAACAAAAUCUGAUCUUGAAGAGUGACUAUUCCUGUAAUAACUUUUACUAUAUCGAAUUAUUGUCCUAUAACUCGUUCACUAUUUAUAGCAAUAUUUUUGUCUU